UCAAAAUUUGAAAGUAAUCCCUAUACACUACACUUACAUAUAUUGUGCAAGUAUGUGGUGUCGCUAAUGUUAUAAUUUUUUCUGGUGUAAGUUCUUUUUAUUGUUUUACAGUGUGUGAAACCAGGACAUGUACGCGACAUGGUUUUUGUCUCCGCAAGACCAAAACAGUGCACAGUUGGAAAUGGAGUAAGGAGCAAAAGUUAUAAGGCAGUGCAGGGAGACAUGCUGGACCCUGAUGUCCUCAGAGUGGCAAAGGUUUACCAGGACUUUGCACCAGACCUUGCUCCUCUGAUUACCACCAUGACCAUCAGUGCUGAUGACCCAUUAGUUGACUCAGUCUUUGGAAAAGUCCAGGAAGGCAGUCCUAUCGCUUUACAGCAUCCACUACCAGUCAGCCGAAUUAUCAUUCGCCACGUGGAUGCCCCUCCUCCACCGCCAUUGCCAUUGGACAACUACCAUCUUGAGCCCACCUCUGUCCAGUUUGUCUGCACCCACCAGCAGCAACUAGAACUGGAGUGUCUUGCGACAACGCUGGAACAGUCCCAACAAAUUGAAAUUGCCACCAGGGAGCAGAGCACAACAGCUGAAUGGCACAAUGUCAGGAAACCCCGAAUAACGUCUUCUCGGUUCUUGACAAGUAUGUCAUGUAAAAGGGUCCAGUUCUGCUCUGAGUCUAGCACAGCGAAUCAAGAAGGGAAUAGCAGCCACGGUGACUAUGAAACGAGGCCUUGUGCUAGAACCAUUAGCUAUUCAACAAUACACCAGAAUCAAGAACACCAACUAUUGGCCUUGCGGCUCCGUCAUCCAUCCCGAAGCUCCAUGGUUGGGAUCCUCUCCGGAUGGUGUAGUUUUUGAUCCCACAGAGAGACCAACCUUUGGUUUAUUGGAGAUAAAAUGUCCCAAUGCUAAAGUUAUGUUGAUUGUAAGUACUUAAGAAAAUGUAAUGGCACAAUGAAACUUUUGUCAAGUCACUGUUACUACUGUCAGGUGCUGGGGCAGCUCCUGAUCCCAGGCACGGAGUGGCGUGAUUUUGUAGUCUGUGCAGAGGAUGACAUUCUUGUCCAGCGCAUUUACAGAGACCUAAGUGUGUGUCAGACAACGAGAGAAAAGGUUGAUCAUUUCUUCUUUUAUGUUUACUUUUCCAGUGCAUAGAUUAUUUUGUAUCGGCACGUGGA